AUGUCUCGCUACGGAAAGCACCCACGCCUCAGCCUGGAGCAAGGUAUACCCCUCCAGGACCCAAAUGAAACGGAUGAGGUGGUAUCCCCACCAGUUCCCACAGCUGAGGAGGAGGAGAGAGAGGGAGAGGAGAUAAAAGAGGAGGAGGAAGACAACAAUAAGCAGGAAAAAGAGGAAGAUAACAACGAAAAGGCAGAAGAAGAGGAAGAAAAAGCGAAAGAAGAGGAAAAUGAAGAAGAGCAUGCUGAUGAAGUGAACGAAGAAGAAGAAGAACAAGAAGAAGAAGAAGACAUUUCUUCCAUCAUUUUUUCGCCUUCUAACUUCUCUUCGCCUAUUUUCACCCCUCCUUCUCCUCCUUCUUCUUCCUCCUCCUCUUUUUCUUCCACUUCCUCCUUCUUCUCCUUCUCCUCCUCUUCCUCCGCCGCCUCUUCCUUGCUAACUCUGUUUCAGAGCAAUGUGAUGGGGAAUGGGGGCUUUGCUCCUGGAAUGCUGAGCAUUUUUCAAAAUGCUCAAAUCUUCUUUCCCCCGUUUCCUUCAGUGGAAAAUUUAGAUGAGGCAGUUGGCCACCAGGAAGAUAGUUCAGGUGCCAUCCAGUCUCCAGAAGAUUCUGAUGCCUUGCUGGAUCUUGUGAUACAAGAAAAGGCUAUUGAUUUGGUGUUUCUUUUCAUUUACAAGUAUAGAAUGAGGGAACCUAUCACAGUAGCAGAAAUCCAUGCGGUGGUUACAGAAGAGUAUGAGAACCAUUUUGCUGUCAUUUUCUUUGAAGCUUCUAAAUGUUUGGAGAUGACUUUUGGCAUUGAUGUAAAGGAAAGUGACCUGAUAAGUGGUGCUUAUGUCUUUGUCAACUCACUGAACCUCACCUAUGAGGACACACUGGGUGACAAUGAUAGGCUGCCUAGAAAUGCUUUCUUGAUAGUGAUUCUGGGUGUAAUAUUCAUAGAAGGGAAUUGUGCUUCUGAGGAAAGAAUCUGGGAUUUCCUGAAACUGGUGGAAGUAUAUGAUGGAGAGGAGCAUUUCAUUUGUGGUGACGCCAGGGAGUUUCUCACUGUAGAUUUAGUGCAGCAAAAUUACCUGGAGUAUCGGCAGGUGGCUGAUAGCCAUCCUCCAGUUUUUGAGUUCCUGUGGGGUCCAAGAGCUCGUGCUGAAACUACCAAGAUGAAAGUUUUGGAAUUCUUGGCAAAGAUGAAUGGGUGUGACCCAACUGAUUUCUCAGUCUGGUAUGAAGAAGCUUUGAGAGAUGAGGAGGAAAGGGCCCGGGCCAUGAAUGAGGCUGGAGAUAGAAGCCCAUCCAUGUGGUUUGUAGAGCGCUAA